UCUCAGAGGAAGGGACACACAGCAAUCCCAACAAGAAGUGAACACGGGACCCUAACGUCUGCAAAGGAUUUUCCAACAACGCGUCUUCUUUUUCGAUUUCUUAACCCUGAAACUCGCACAGGAUGCUCUGCCCCAGCGUGUUCCAGCCCUCCCAGGUCAACAUGGGCCUCAUGCCCAUCAUGGACCUGCACUGGCCCAUCCGCAGCCUGUGGCCCGAGACCAGGCCCAUCUUCUACCAGAUGGAGCAGGAGAUGUUCCGCCACAUGCAGGAGAUGAGGCACAACAUGGAGUUUAUGGAUCGCCUUCACCAGAAGAUCUUCGAGGAGAUCGAGCAGUCUCACUCUUCCUUGAGCUCCUCCUCGUCCUCGCCCGUCUACAAGCCCAUCGCCUUCCAGGUGGGAAAGGACAGCGGCAACUUUGCCCUCAGCCUGGACACCAAGGACUUCUCCCCGGAGGAGUUGUCUGUCAAGCAGGUGGGCCGCAAGCUGCGGGUCAGCGGCAAGACGGAGCGGAAGCAGGACGACGGAAAGGGCUCCUUCUCCUACCGUUGCCAGGAGUUCAGGCAGGAGUUUGACGUGCCAGAGGGGGUGGACCCCGACAACAUCACCUGCUCCCUGGCGGCGGGACAGCUGCAGAUCCACGCCCCCCGCGAGAGUAUCGGCGAUGGGAAGGAGAGAGUGGUGCCCAUCCAGUUCACCCCGGCCAUCACGUCCUCACAGAAGGACGAGGGAGCCGCCAGCCCCAGCCCAGCCUCCACAGAGACCUCAGCCAAGGCGGACUGAAAACGGACCCUGAACACCUUUUUUUUGUCGAUUGUCAUUGUUUAAGUUUGUUGUCAUCAUAACCUAGCUGGCUCUGGAAAUGAUUCCACUCCAUAAACCCCCUGGUAUGGUUUGGUAAUAAAUAGACAUUGAAACCGCGCCCAUAUCACUGUUUAAUGGUGUGUUUUUCCUUAUGUAGAGGCCAAAAUAAGUUCGGACCUAUUGCCUCUAACUCUGUCAAACCAAUUCUAGCAAAGGCAGGAUUAGGUGGUAAAUACCUUUUGGGUCCACAGAUACUAUCCUUUACUAUGAUAUUAUGUAUUUACAAACUAAAUGAAAACUGAACUAAAGUGUAAACUGAACGGUAUUAUGAAGUUAGGAAGCAUUUCCUUACACAUUUAUUUUGGAGAAUAAACCUUUUUUUGUAAAUUA